UUAAGAAGUACGCCUCUCUGCGUCAAAUUCGAGGACGUCCUCUGUGAUUGGUUUUCGUUAAUCACGUGUUUAUCCUGAAGAUGGCGUCUCCAAAUGGAGGUGAUGAUUUUGAGUCCUCUCUGCUGAGUUUUGAGAAGUUGGACAGAGCGUCACCAGACCUGUGGCCAGAGCAGUUACCUGGAGUUGCAGAAUUUGCUGCAUCUUGUAAAAAUCCCAUCACUAAUUCACCCCCCAAGUGGAUGGCUGAACUAGAGAGUGAGGAUAUUGAAAUGUUGAAAGAGCUGGGUAGUCUGACCACAGCGAACCUGAUGGAGAAGGUCAAAGGACUUCAGAACCUUGCUUACCAGCUGGGCUUAGAGGAGUCCAGGGAAAUGACCAGAGGGAAGUUUCUGAACAUCUUGGAGAGGCCGAAGAAGUGACUUUUUUUUUUUUUUUGGCAAGCAACAGGAAAUGCGGAGCUGAACAUAUGCUCUUAACACGUUCAGACCUUCACAACAAAGACUUUUCACUGAAACCGUUAAGUGGAGCAAAGUGCUCGCGCACGCGCAGAAGCCGUCUGUCCGGAGUGCACCUGUUGUCCUUCUGUGGACAGAUGCCUUCACAUUUAUGAAAACUCCAUAUCGUUUAUUUACUUCCCACUGAAUCUGUCUGUAGUUCGUAGACCUGUUUUGAUUAAAUGUUCCCUAUUUAUUCUGACUACUAUUUUAAACAUGAUUUACAUUUUUUGCAGUUUGUGAAGUUGUAUAAUAAAGUUUUAAAAUGAA